AUGUUAGUGCUUCAACACAAUUGUGCCCGCACCAGCGCCGUAGUCCAUACGGCAUURGAGGCAGCGUUAGAGGCUGGUGCGGAGAUAGCAUGCCUCCAGGAGCCCCCAGUAGGGGCCUCUCACACGUACGCUGGCRUGAGCCRGCGUAACCGGAGAGCCCUUACAGAUGUGAAUUGGGACCCUAUCCUACGGGGAAAGACGCGGAGACCCUAG